CGCACUUCCUUGUGCAUGGCCCCGCUGCCCUGGGCGCUGAGCGCAGGCGCCGCACCCGGCUGGAGAAGGGCCGCGCGCCUGCUCCUCGCUCCCGCGCGCCCCGCGCCCUGCGCCAGUGCCCGCGCCAUGGCGUGCAGGCAGGAGCCGGCCCCGCCGGGACAGACACAGGGACCGCCGCCCGCCCGCGCCACCUACGACUACCUGGUGAUCGGGGGCGGCUCGGGCGGCCUGGCGAGCGCGCGCCGGGCGGCCGAGCUGGGCGCCAGGGCCGCCGUGGUGGAGAGCCACAAGCUGGGUGGAACUUGCGUGAAUGUUGGAUGUGUGCCGAAAAAGGUAAUGUGGAAUACAGCUGUCCACUCGGAAUUUAUACAUGAUCAUGUUGAUUAUGGCUUUCAGAACUGUGAGAGUAAAUUCAAUUGGCGUGUGAUAAAGGAAAAGCGAGAUGCCUACGUGAGCCGCCUGAACACCAUCUAUCAGAAUAACCUAACCAAGUCCCAUAUAGAUAUCAUCCAUGGCCAUGCAGCGUUUACGAACGAUUCCAGGCCAACAAUUGAGGUCAACGGGAUCAAGUACACUGCCCCGCACAUCCUGAUUGCCACAGGGGGGGUGCCCUCCCACCCACAAGAGAGCCAGAUCCCUGGGGCCAGCCUGGGGAUCACCAGCGAUGGAUUCUUUCAGCUGGAAGAAUUGCCUAGCCGCAGUGUCAUUGUCGGUGCGGGUUACAUUGCUGUGGAGAUAGCCGGGAUCCUUUCAGCCCUAGGUUCUAAGACAACAUUAAUGAUACGGCGUGAUAAGGUGCUUAGAAAUUUUGAUUCACUGAUCAGUUCAAACUGCACUGAAGAGCUGGAGAAUGCAGGCAUAGAGGUUCUGAAAUUUUCCCAGAUCAAAGAAGUUAAAAAGACUUCUUCUGGCUUGGAGCUCUCUGUGGUUACUUCAGAACCAGGUCAGAGUCCCACCAUGUCUACAAUUCCAGAUGUGGACUGCCUUCUCUGGGCCAUUGGGCGGGCCCCGAAUUCCAGGAGCCUAAAUUUAGACAAAGUGGGAGUUCAGACUGACGAUAAAGGUCAUGUCAUCGUCGAUGAGUUCCAGAACACGAGCAUAAAAGGCGUCUAUGCAGUCGGGGAUGUGUGUGGAAAAGCCCUUCUUACUCCAGUUGCCAUAGCUGCGGGCCGAAAACUUGCACAUAGACUUUUUGAAUGUAAAAAGGAUUCAAAAUUGGACUAUGACAAUAUCCCCACAGUGGUCUUCAGCCACCCGCCAAUUGGGACAGUAGGACUUACUGAAGAGGAGGCCAUUCAUAAAUAUGGAAGGGAAAACGUGAAGACCUAUUCAACCACCUUUACCCCAAUGUAUCACGCAGUUACCAAAAGGAAAACAAAAUGUGUGAUGAAAAUGGUCUGCGCCUUCCAAGAGGAAAAGGUGAUUGGCAUCCAUAUGCAGGGAAUCGGCUGUGAUGAAAUGCUACAGGGCUUUGCUGUGGCUGUGAAAAUGGGAGCAACAAAAGCCGACUUUGAUAACACGGUCGCCAUCCACCCAACCUCUUCAGAGGAGCUGGUCACGCUUCGCUGAAAGUCCAGGCACUAGCCUAAGACCCAAGACCACCAGUUAAUCACUUUCACCAUUUCAUUUUAUGAAUUUCUUUACCAUAAUCAGGAUCUUCUGCUAGUGAAAAUGAGCAGUCAAUAUCAAUUUAUGUAAUUGGACAUUUGUGAUUUUUUUUUAAUCUGAUCAUGUUUCACAAAAUUUUAAAGAUUUUUUUUUUUUCUUUAAGAUUAACAGCUCUAUGGUAGGUGAGUUUGGUUUUUUCAAUCUCAUUCAGAGUUCAAAGUGGGCUGGAGAGCUAUAGCAAGUUGGAAGAUGUGUUUUGCAUGCAGGUGGCCUGAGUUUGAUCUCUGGUACCACAUGGUCUCAGAGAACUGUCAGGAGUGACCCUACACAUAAAUCCAGAAGUAGCCCCUGUGCACCACUGUGUGCCCCCCUAAAAAAAUAUAUAUGAAGUACAAUGAAAUUAAUGUACUUGAAUAACUAUAGCUUGCUGAUUUUUUUUGUAGAGGAAGAUGACAGUAGCUUUUUCAUAUUUAAAUAAUGUAAA